AUGGACGAUUCAAAGAUUCUUUCAAGUCAAACAUUUGUUAUUAAGGUUGACGAGAAAUCUAUAGGUUAUCGUUACUUUGUUGGUAUUGAUAUUUUGUCUAAAAAAUCUGAUACAACUUGGAAAGUUUCAGGCGAUGGUGGUAAAAAAUUACAUCCUAUUAUGAAACUUGAAUUACUCCAAGCAUGUAAAAGUUUAGUAUUACAUGCUUUUGAAAUGAAAAAUGGCUUUGGUGAUAAAAAUACUUAUUUCAUUUAUGAUGGAGCGUCUAAUUUGAUUUCGUCAAAGGAAAUAACAAAAGAAGAAGUAAUAAUUCCAUCAUCAGAGGUACCAAUUGAUACUAAAGUUAUUUCAAAAGGUAGAAGUGUAAGAAUUACACUUAAACCUCAGUCUAAAUUUUUUGAAUUAGAUAUUGGAAACAUUAAUAAAAUAGUUCAUCUUCCAGUAAAUGAUGAAGAGAAAUCAAUUAUCUUUAGAUUUUUGGAAAAUCUUGUUAUUUCUCCUUUUAUGUAUCCAUUUAAGAAGGAUGAUGAAGGAUAUAUUACUCAACUUGGAUCUGGAAAAAAUUUCAUUAGACUUAAACCAGAAGAUGACAGUUCAAAAACUUGUGGAGAUGGUCGUUGCGUAAUUCCAGGAAUUACAAGAUCAUUAGUUGAACUUAACCUUAACGAUAAACCUUCAAUUGCUUUGUCAUUUGAUUAUUCUGAAAAUGUCUAUUAUAAAGGCGGAAAUCUUGCAACUAUUAUUCAAGAAAUUACCAAAUCUUCAAGUAUUAGUUACAGUACACUUCAAAACGCAGUCAACAAUACAAGCAUUUUGGGUGUUUAUUUGAAAACAAACCACCGUAAGAACGGUAAUAUAUUUAAAUUAAAAAAUUCAUUUACCAGAGAAUCUGGUAGAAAUAAAAUAAUAACUAUCAAAAAAGAGGACAAAGAGAGAAGUAUUAGUGUAAGUCAAUACUUUGAGGAAAGAUACAAUAGAAAAUUGAAGUAUCCGGAUUGGCCUCUUUUUAUUAAAAUGGAGAAAAAAGUUACUUAUGAAGAUGGUGAGAAAAUAUCUAGAGAAUAUGAAACUUACUAUCCAUUAGAAGUACUUGAUAUUAUUCCUGGACAGUGUGUUCCUGUUCCUAAGAUGGACAGUUUGUCUUCAAAAGUUCAACAAAGAAUAAAUACAAAAGGACCAUUAGAUAGAAAAAGAAAUACUUAUAAUGAAUUGUAUAGAAUGGGAAUGUUUGAUAGAAAUAUUCCAUUAUUUAAGAGUUUUGGUAUUAGUUUAGAACCAAAAGCAUCAUUUUUCAGUGGAGAGGUUUUGUCGGAUGUCUUAUACACUCCUAAAUCAUCACGGCCUUUAGUUGUUCAAAAAGGCAAAAUUAGUAACAAUAGAGAUAACGUUUGUAAUCCAACAAGUUUAAAAAAAGAACUUUAUAUUGUAUAUUGGAAUGCAAAGGAAGAUUACAUAAAAGAUUUUUCACGGAAAUACAUUGAAAUAUGUGAGAAAAAUGGAAUUAUAUUUCAUGGACCACCUAUCAUUCAGGAAGUUAAGGGUGACUUUAGGGAUGUUAACAAAGCACCGGAUGUUUUUGCAAAAGAAAUGAAUAGAAUUAUAAAAAAUUUUGAUAAUUCAUUUCUUAUAUAUAUUGAUUCAAAAUUUGAAAAAUCACAUUUGGCUUUGAAAUAUUAUGAACAAAAGUUUGGUGUACUUACACAACAUCUAACUCUUGAAGUUGUAAAAAAUUUACCAACAAAAUAUGAUAGUAUGAAAAAUGUCAUUAACAAGACAAAUGCAAAACUUGGAGGUUCAAACUUUAAAAUUGAUUUGAAAGAUGAGUUAUCAUACUACAACGUUGAGUCAAAAAAUGUCUUAUACAUUGGAUUUGAUAUAAACACUUCAUCUAUUGGAUCAAUGACAGCUGACUCAACAAUUAAUGUUGGAUCAUGGGCAGCUAAUGUUUCAAAAAAUAGAGAACAAUUUAUUUCAGAUUAUUGGUACCAAAUGAAAAAUGACUAUUUGCUUUUUGAUGAUGAUCAAAUGAAACUUGAGAUAGAAAAAAUAUUCAGAAAAUGGAGAAAAAAUAUUUCAGAUAAACCUCCAAAAACAAUUAUUGUUUUUAGGACUGGUUUAUCACAGGCAAAUUUUCAAGCAUCAUGUAACGAAGAAGUUGACAAUUUUGAAAAGUGUGUUAAUGAAUUUUCAGAUAAAAUCUUCAAAUCUUCCAAAAUCCCAUACUCAUGGAUAUACGUUAAUAGAACAAGUAAUUUAAGAUUAUAUAAUAAAGAUGACAAAGGUUGCCCAACAAAUAUUGAAGCUGGUACCUAUGUCUACAAAGAUUUAUCAAUACUAGGAAAUAGUAGAAUUGUUGGUAAAUCUUAUGCAAAUUGUCUUGGAACUGCAAAACUUCCUUUAUACACCUUGGGACGUGAUACAAAUUCAACAAGACUUGAUGCCGAAAAAAUUAUGAAUAUUGUAAAUAUGCUUUGUUACAAAUAUGAUAUCAUUUCUUCGGCAGUUAGUUUACCAGCAGUAUCCUACAUUGCCAUUGAAACAUCUAAACGUGGAAACAAUAAUCUUUUGGCUGAGAAGAAUGAUCAAAGUACACAAUAUACUCAGGAUGACGACAUCAAAAGAAAAAAUCAAAAUUUGUCUUACACAAAUUCAAAGUUGAAUGAGCUCAGGUUUAAUGCUUGA